AAAAAGAGAGAGAGAGAGAGAGAGAGAGAGAGAGAGAGAGAGAGAGAGAAGGAAAGUCGGAUGAGGGAGCGGCUGUUUAUAGAUGCAGUGAUGUAAAUGAGGACAACAACUAACUCACAACACGUCCAGGAUGACAUACAAUCUGUCAUUAUUUAAUAAACAGUAGCUCUUCUUUAUCACAUUUAUCAUUUUCUUUUAAUUUGUUUUAAUCACAUUUACCAUUUUCAACUUUCAUGUGCUAUAAUCAGUUCCUUUCAUAGUUCGCCACACUUUAAUGUCUAGAUGUUUGAUGAAGGUAUUUUAGGAAAUAAUUUACUUUCAGCAGAGAUGAUUAUGUAGGAAAUAACAAUAUUCUGGACAUGAGAAGACAUCACUCCACUCUUGGAUUCAUGACAUCAGUUGUGCCCCCGCUAGUUCUGGUGCUCGUCUGAGGACAGAAAUUAGCGCAAGACAAUCCACUGCAACACGGACUAAACCCUGUGCACUUCAGAUAAGGUACGGCAUUUUUUUUAUUUCCUGAAAAAUAACGGUUUUGGAGAUACGAGGAUUCCGCCUGACAGCGACGAUAUAAAAAAGUCAAAAUAGGAAAAAAGAAAGAAAAAAAGUCAUUCUAGAGAAAAGGGCAGUCAGAAUAAUGACUAUGAAGGAAGUGAAUCUUGAUUAGGGGAGUAUGCACCAAAUCUUCUUUUACCAGAUUGAUUUUAAUCUUGCUUCACCUUCAGUUCCUAUUUCAGUUCCUCCUUCACCUUCAGCUUCUCCAGUCCAACGACCAUGAAGUUCCUACUGACACUGGUGCUCGUCUCUGCACUUUUCUCUGGAGUGCUGUCGCUGAUGUGUCUUAGCUGCUUUAAUGAGCAAUGUAGGGAGAUUAACUGUCCAGACCAGUGUGCCAGUCUAACUGCGUUUGUAAUGAACAAUGCCAACAAUAUGAGCGCUGUUUUAAAGACUUGUGCAGUACCGGGCAUUUGUUCACCUAUGACUGCAAACCUGGGAGAAUUAGUAACAACCACCAAUGCCAUGUGCUGCAACACUACAUUAUGCAACAAUGAAACACUGCCAGUUCUUCCGCUUCCUUUGCCCAACGGGAGGAUCUGUUACACCUGUAUCAAAAAUAACUGCACACAAACAGUGGACUGUGGAGGAAAUGAAGACAGGUGCAUUUCUGCUUCAGGUACUGUAUUAGGCACUACAGUGACCGUGAAAGGAUGUGUAAAUAAAUCUUCCUGCAAUGAUUCUCAAUCAGUAAUCUCAGUGGGAAAUAGCAGUGUAAGUGUUCAGUGUUGUGAUGGGAACCUGUGUAACAGUGCUGAGAUCUUCACCACGAGUUUCCUCCUCAUGAUCAUCUCUCUACACUCCUCCUUGUUCUUCUCGUGAACUCUGCUGAUCGAGUAGCUCACUAAAAACAGCAUGCAGAAGACAGAUGGUUUUUAUUUCAUUUAAGCUUCAUCUCUGCUGUAUUGCAUUAUCACAUAUAACGUACAGUAUUUGUCAUAUGUACAUUACUGAGCUUUUCAUUGUCUGUAGUCUCUUUAUAUCACUUUAGAGUUGGAUAUUGAUCGUAUUAUCCCACUUGUGAAUCUGCAAGAAAUAAACUGAUACAUAUUCA